AUUGCACGGCCACAGCGCCGCUCGCGUCGCCCGCACCCGCGCCUCCUGCUUCGUCUCCUGCUCGGCCCUCGGAACCUCUCUGGGUCCCCGUUGCCGCGGCGCGCCUCGGGCGCCCCCCACCCCGCGCCCUCCGGUCGGAGCCCCUUCCUUGCGCUCUCAGCUCCCGCCUCCCCUCGUCGGGGUCUCGCCAGCCCCUUCCUGUAGCUGCCGCCGCCUCUGGAGGAGCGCGUCCACCUCGGGUCACCAUGCCCAGCAAAACCAAGUACAACCUUGUGGACGAUGGGCACGACCUGCGGAUCCCCUUGCACAACGAGGACGCCUUCCAGCACGGCAUCUGCUUUGAGGCCAAGUACGUAGGAAGCCUGGAUGUGCCGAGGCCAAACAGCAGGGUAGAGAUUGUGGCUGCCAUGCGCCGGAUACGGUAUGAAUUUAAAGCCAAGAACAUCAAGAAGAAGAAAGUGAGCAUUAUGGUUUCAGUAGAUGGAGUGAAAGUGAUUCUGAAGAAGAAGAAAAAGCUUCUUUUAUUGCAGAAAAAGGAGUGGACGUGGGACGAGACCAAGAUGCUGGUGAUGCAGGACCCUAUCUACAGGAUUUUUUAUGUCUCUCAUGAUUCCCAAGACUUGAAGAUCUUCAGCUAUAUUGCUCGAGAUGGUGCCAGCAAUAUCUUCAGGUGUAACGUGUUUAAGUCCAAGAAGAAGAGUCAAGCUAUGCGAAUUGUCCGGACAGUGGGGCAGGCCUUUGAGGUCUGCCACAAGCUGAGCCUACAGCACACGCAGCAGAAUGCAGAUGGACAGGAAGAUGGGGAGAGUGAGAGGAACAGCAACAGCUCAGGGGACCCAGGCCGCCAACUCCCUGGAGCCGAGAGGGCCUCCACAGCCACUGCGGAGGAGACUGACAUCGAUGCGGUAGAGGUCCCACUUCCAGGGAACGAUAUCCUGGAGUUCAGUCGAGGAGUAACCGACCUGGAUGCAGUUGGAAAUGAAGGAGGCUCCCACACAGACUCCAAGGUUUCACCCCAUCUGCAGGAGCCCAUGCUGACAGCCUCACCCAGAAUGCUACUUCCCUCCUCUUCCUCAAAGCCUCCAGGCUUGGACUCAGGGACACCACUGUCCACUCACCACCAGAUGCAGCUCCUCCAGCAGCUCCUCCAACAACAACAGCAGCAGACGCAAGUGGCUGUGGCCCAGGUUCACUUGCUGAAGGACCAAUUGGCUGCGGAGGCAGCGGCGCGGCUGGAGGCCCAGGCCCGUGUGCACCAGCUCCUACUGCAGAACAAGGACAUGCUCCAGCACAUCUCGCUGCUGGUCAAGCAGGUGCAGGAGCUAGAGCUGAAGCUGUCGGGACAGAAUGCCAUGGGCUCCCAGGACAGCCUGCUGGAGAUCACCUUCCGCUCUGGAGCCCUGCCUGUACUCUGCGACCCCACGACCCCUAAGCCAGAGGACCUGCACUCACCACCACGUGGCGCGGGCUUGGCUGACUUUGCCCACCCCGCGGGCAGCCCUUUAGGUAGGCGCGACUGCUUGGUGAAGCUGGAGUGCUUCCGCUUUAUCCAGCCCGAGGACACCCCGCUCCCCACGCAGGGCGAGCCGCUCCUGGGCGGCCUGGAGCUCAUCAAGUUCAGAGAGUCGGGCAUCGCCUCGGAGUACGAGUCCAACACGGACGAGAGCGAGGAGCGCGACUCAUGGUCUCAGGAAGAGCUGCCUCGCCUGCUGAAUGUCCUGCAGAGGCAGGAGCUGGGCGAUAGCCUGGAUGAUGAAAUUGCCGUGUAGGUGCCGCGGGGCGAGGAGGAGAUGGAG